GCGCUGCCAGGCCGCCCGCGGACGCCAGCCUUGGUCUCCAGACUCCGAAGGCCGAGAAGGAGCCGCGGGGCCGCAACCAUCCGCGCCCGCCAUGGGCCCGCGCCGCAAGCCCGAAGUCCCGAGGAGGCGCGCCGCCAGCCCGGCCCCCGGCAGCCCCCGGCGGGCCGCCUCCUUAGGCACUUCCUCCCGUCCACGUGGUCGCCGGAGGUACGCGAAGGUUCUGAGUGAGAUCCGAAAGCUUCAGAAGAGCACACACCUAUUGUUAAGGAAGAGCCCCUUCGCCCGCCUGGCAAGAGAAAUAUGUGUUACAUUCACUCGUGGUGUGGACUUCAGUUGGCAAGCCCAGGCCCUGUUGGCCCUACAAGAGGCAGCAGAAGCAUUUCUAGUUCAUCUCUUUGAGGACGCCUAUCUGCUCUCCUUACAUGCCGGCCGAGUUACUCUCUUCCCGAAGGAUGUGCAGCUGGCCAGGAGGAUCCGAGGCAUUGAGGAAGGGCUCGGCUGAGCUCCUGCCCCAGUGCCUGUAAGCCUUUCCUGCUCGCCAGGGAGUGAGUGCACUUUGGGGAAAAAAUGUCCAGCUUCUCAUCACUGGAGUGGGAGCUUCUCUGAAGGAAUUUCCCUUCUCCGUCCUUAGUCCCUUGCUGUCUUGGCUUCCCUUUGUCCUCUAGAACAGUUUUGACCUGGUUUGAACUUGAAUGCUUGGGACUCUGUGGCUCCUGCCCUUUCGUACAAUGUUGGAUAAAGAUAUUUUUCUAUUAAGUAAUGACCAGAUGACCCAAAUCUCUGACGGAGUUAAGCCUCUCCAUUUUACAAGGACCAGAUGAUCUCAUUUUGAUUAAGAGAAAGUUGUCUUACUUUUGAAAAUACCUGGUUAGUAAAUGUAAUUCCUAAAUUUCAGGGAUGACAGCCGGGACUCUGUCUGGAGCCAGGACCAGAUCCAUGGACUAUGAGAUGCUGCCUGGACUUGCUGUCUCUGAGUAGAGUGGGCAUGUUGCUUUUGUAAUUGUUUUUUUUAAGGAGAAGACUGCGUGGCUUUCCUCUGCAACAGGGGUAAUAUAUGAGAAAAUCAACACACUUCCAAAGGCCUGAGAAUUCUUUUCAAAUAGACUCCAAUGUUGACUUCAAUUUGCAAAUUAUUCACAUGACUGUUUAGUUAUUCAUAUGAUUUUGAAGACAUUAGAUUUUCUGGGUUAUGGAAAAAAGAGGAUAUUUAUUAUUUUAGAUCUUUCUGUACCAUUUAAAUUUUUU